UUUGAGUUGUGUGUGUGUUGUUCAGCAUAUUCUGUUUUGUUUCUCCUGCUUCUUCUUCUUCUUGUUCGCAGAACUGGUUAGAGUCAUCAUGAAUGCACAUGAGGUAACCCCGCCUCCUCUUCCUGGCCUGGUGACUCAGACUGUUCCCAAAGGCAUUGACCCAGCAGAUGAAGGUGAUUUUGCAGCCUUAAUUGGAGGGAUUGUGGGCUCCACUCUGCUGCUUCUAAUCUGCAUCAUCGCAGUGCUGCUGUGGUGUUUGUCCAGACACAAAGGCUCUUACGUCACCAACGAGACGGACGACGACGAGUUGGACGACGACGAGUCUGUCGGUUCUGAUACGGCGCUCCAAAGCAGGGAACCCCUGAAGACCGAAGAGGACGAAUAAAGACAAGAAAACCUUUUCAAAUAUGAACUUCAGUUGAGUUGUUGAAGACUUUAGAGCCAAAACAAAGUAACCAAUUUCCCAAAGCUGCAAGACAUCACUGUGAUGCUUCACGGCCUGGGCACUUUAGUUCAGUGACAUUAUAGAAAACGUAUUUUUGUAGGCCAACCCAGAAGUCAGCAUCGCCAUGGGGUCUAUUGAGAAUUGUUGAUUCUUCACAAAUGUACACUACUUGUUUGAAGCGUUAUUGGACCCGACAGAAGUAAAAAACUAACAUUAUGCUAAAGCUAACUCACUACCGUUAGCUUCAGACACCCUCCGACAAGCUAACCAGCCGUUUGACAAGCUAACAAACACGUAGCCCAAUAAAUUGUUUAUUAACACGAUUUACAAUCCCAAAGAAACCCAUUCAAAAUCCUCAUUGAGUUUGAGAGGAGAGACGCCAGGGAGCUAACUUGCUAACUGACUUCCUAUUUUAAGAGCUCAUUCCUUUGGAGACCUGUAGAACCUGAUAAUGUAAUAAAUUCCUGUUAAUGUAAUACUUUAUUACAUUAUUGGUAAAAAGUUCAUUACAUUAUUGGGAAAUGCACUUUAUUACAUUAUCGGGAAGUUAUUACAUUAUCAGGUUUUAUUAAAUUUUCAAUGGACUCAAGUGCAGAUUUUUAUUACAUUAACGGGAAUUUAUUACAUUAUCAGGUUCUACAAGCCUUAUUCAUGAAAUUUGUGCAUCAAACUUGAAUUAUGAGUACAAGUCCUUUAGUUUUCCUUAAUGCUGUCACACUAAGGGUCUGGGUGAUCCCACCAGCACAUCCUGAGAGCAAAAUUUAAUUCUGAGAAAUUGACAGUCUGCAGGAGGUUUGUGCUUUUUGUUGAAUUGAUAGCUCAUGAAAAUUUUGCAGCUAAAAAGAACUUGUAACACUUUGAGGAAAUAACACGAUACAUUUAAAUAGCACUUCCUGUUGAAGUCCUGUUGAAGGCUUUUUAUCUGUGAUUCACCACUCUGGUUUUUAAAAUAUUUUAAGUGACUCUGACAAACAUACACAACAAACUGUUAUGAAUCAGCUGUGAGGAACAAUCUAUAUGUGAAGAGUUUAUUUUUCAACCCAAGAUCAUGCUUUUUCUUUAUUUUUUACUGCUGCAGUUACUAUUUUCUAUUCUUUUUAAUAGAUAAAUAGACAGAAAGGAUGUUUAGAAUAGAGGUGAAAAGACUUUUUAAAGUUGAGAUGAAGAAGGGAAAGAAAGGCAAUGCAAUAAUUUAUUAAAAAGAUGGAACUGACUGUUUGUGAAACUUUGUUUACUUAUUAAAAUCUCUUCUUUCACAUAUAAGAAUAAAUUUUACACUUUUUGACACAAUGUAGUUGUUUUGGU